CUCACGAGAUGUGGUCGUCUCCUAGGGAGAUGUACUCUCACCCUCAGAGAUUUGUAUGCCCCACAUCUGAUAUGGCAUCUCGCUCAAGAGACCAGCUCGUCUCCCGUUGGAGAUAUAAUGCAUUUCCAAAAUUCGGGAUAUGUGACACCACUGAUCCCAUCAUAUCCAACACUAGGAAUCGAGAUGUCGCUCCGCAAUCCGGAUUUCCAUAGGAUUUAGUUGAUCUUAUAGGAAUUCCAAUAAAAUUUGAUCGGAGCCAACUGUUAGAGUAAUUUACUUGGGAGUUGAGGCAAAGUUUUGUUUCUUCAUUUUAUAUUAUUUGACCAGCGCUCAGUCUUUAAAAGGGCAAGUUUUAUUGUCUAUCAGAAAAAUCAUCAGUGAUGUAAAUAUUGAGCAAUGCUUAUCGGGCCAACUUUGACCGAGGAGUAUUACCGUUCUUGACCAUUCAACUUAGAUUUCUAUGUGUUAAUAUCGAUUAGAUUUUAAUAAAUUUACGUCACAAAGUGUAAUUAAUCACCAAAACAAAAAAAAAUCCUUUUACAUAUAGUUAGGAUCUAUUGUCAUCUAUAAAUAAAGUGAAAAGAAAGCUUUUAAGCAAUUAUAUCUAGAUUAAGUUGUAUAGAAAGGAAUCAAAAAAAAAAUAAUGGCUGAUAACUGAAUUUAUCAAGAUGAGAUAAAACUAUGUUACACUCCACGCUUCAACCUUCGAUAUUAUUCUCUCAUAUUGAAUGACGGUGACGAACUUCGAUUUUUCGUCAGUACAUCAAUGUCUCGUAAAAUGUAGUGUUUUAGAUAGGAAGAGAUAUGAGUGUUGUUUUUCUUUCAAGCCUUCAUUUUCUACUCUGCAAGAUUUGUUUGCUAAAAAUUAAGCAUAUCGAAGAAACUUCAACAAGUUUACUGUGAAAAAAGACUCACAAAAUGAAAGAAAGCAACAGUUAUCAUCAAUUUCCUUACACAUUAGAAUUAAACACUGCAACUUAUCUAUUAUUUUGCUUUUAGGCAUUUGCAAAGUUAAUCACCUUUCCAUCAAACUUUGAUCAACCUCGACUGGAUAACUUGCAUUCACUUUCUUUCUUCGAAGGGGAAAACAAGGAAAAAUUCUUCUUGACAUCACAAUGCCAUUACUUUCUUGAUAUUAUUCUGCGAGGAGCACCAAAUCUAGUUAAAUUAACCAUCAAUUGGAAUUAUGUAAUGCAUAAUGAUUCGACUUUCGGCAACGGACGCUUUGCUACUUCACCUCUUUUCAAUCUGCGUUAUUUACAUUUGCGCCAUUACAAUCGAUAUAGUAAAUAAAAUAUUUUAUUAUCAUAACCAAGUAUAGAAAAUAGCACGUAGAAAAUAAAAGUACUAUUUAUAAGAAUCGAUUGCUAUACGAACUUAGUGGCAUCGUUCAAAAGAACAUAAGACUUUGAUUUUUUAACGACGAUAAUGUGAACCAAUGUUUAUUAGUUAAUCUAUUAUUGAAGUAGAUCACUGAAAUAUGUUUUUUUGUUUUUUAGGUGAAUUUGACUUAUCAAAAUUAAUCGAUAUUUCCAUAUUGGCAAAAUGUUUUCCACGACUCAUUUCUUUAUGGACCAGCGGAUUCCAUCUAUAUCCUGAUGAAAAUCUUGCUACAUUGAUUUUGUCAAUUGUAACACACUUUCAUGAACUCGCCGAAGUGAUUCUCAAUAAAGGCAGUGGCUAUCUGAACCAUGGCUAUCAAGAUCUUCGAACGACACUUACUCAACAACGGUAUAUCGAAAAGUUGUUAAGAAAUACUGAUAAACUUCGAGACUCAGAUCGUACGAAUGUUUGUUGGAUCUAUUCUAAUCAAUUACGCAUCUGGCUCUAGGACAUGAUGAAUACUUCUCAUUCCUAACGCCGUAGCAAAUCGAUAGUUUUCAAUGAUAAUUAACUUUUCUUUAAGAAGAAUUUAUUUUGAAAAAAUAAAUAUUCAUUAUAUUCAUUCACAACAACGAACUGUCUGACAAACUAUCAUACGAAUAUUUAUUGUAUGAUCCGAUCAAUUCGAAAACAACUAAACAACGAAAAGCAGCUUUAUAUAACAUGAGUUGUAUUGCUCGAAAAUAAAUUAUCUUUAACUGGAAUACACAAUCCACAGAUGUUAGGAAAUAUUUUAAUUAUAAAUUUGCUUAAGGGCCCCCCUCAGAAAAGUCGAUUUUCGUCGAAAAAAUGAUUUUUGAGAUAAACAUAUGAGCAUGUUGUCUAAGUUGCCUCGUAUACGAAUUCAUAAAAAUAGUUUUGAUUUGCGAUAGUUUGGGGGAGUUUUGUAAACAAUUUUUGAUGCUACCUGGACUAAAAAGAGUAAUUUUUACUCUUCUGUCUUUAUUACGUUUUUCAACGGUAUAACAGUUAUAACGACAUUAGUAGAUAGCGUCAUCUAUCAUGUCGUAUGUCGUAUGAGAGCUCUCUGAUGUACAUCGAUUCACAUGUAAUAUAUUUAUGCUUCAUCUCUGUUUUAAGUAAUAAUAGAAAGAUUUUAUAAAAAAAAAACUUUCUUUUGCAUUUUUCUCAAAAUUGAUUUUUUUUUUAGUAAUGAUCGAACUGCGGACAAAUUUUUUCUUCAAUACACUUUACUCGAGAGAGCUGCAAUUUUUUUUAAUUGAUAGAUAUAUGAAUAGUCCUUCAGAUGAGGGAAAGGGAUUUUUUAAUUACUCUUCAAUGCUAUGGAAACCCCUCAGUUUUCUAGAAAACCAUACAUUAGAUUUCCAGAUUUUUGAGAUCUCGAUGAUCCAAAAAAUGAAAUAAAGUGAAAUUUAAAAAAAUCCUUUCACUCAUCCAAAGCUGCAAGGAUUUAUCUUUCAAAUAAAACCAACCCGAGCUCUGUAGCGUGAACUAUAGUGAUGAAAACUUUGUCCGCGUGAGAGCCCUGUUUUGCAGCUUGAUACCCUGAUAUCUCCUGAACGGUAAGCUAUGGAGGCGUGAAAAUUUUUGGUAAUGUGCUUCCAUGUGCCCAACAUCUAUACAAAGUUUCAUCAAUAUUCCAUGUACCCUGUCGAAGUUAUGUUUUUGAGGGGCCGCUUAAGGAUUUAUUCAACGUAAAGUUUUCUUACUCAUAUUGCUUAUUGUUAAGGUAUUAAUUUCUCAACCAUUUCAACAAUUUUCCAUCAUUAAUCACUGAUGUUUUUUUCUUUUACGUAUAGUUCAUGUGUGCAUAGGUUAAAUUAAUGAAAAAUUUUUUCUUUUCUUUUUUUGAUGAACAUUUAUUUAAAUUUUGAAAGAAAAACAAACUUCUUAGAUAAACAGUAUUGAUCCAUAGUUAUUAUCAGAUACUCUUUCAGAUCAAACUUAGAAGAACAAGACCAAUAAAGAAUAAAAAGUAGAUAAAAAAAGAUUUUUUUACAAAAGAAUUUCUAUUUAUGAUUUUUAGACCUAAAGAAAAUGAAAUUGCAGCAUUUGAAUAACAUAAAAAGGAUUUAGCUUAUUUAGUAACAGUUGAUUCUGAAUUUUAUAAAUUUAAAAAAAAAAGAUACUGAUUUACUUAAUAUUGAUGUUAAUGAAGAUGAUAAAUUGAUUCCGGAUGAUGAUCCAGAACAACAAGUUCAUCAAUCACCUGAACAACUUGCUAAAAUGGAACCUUUAUCUGAUCAAGAAGGUGAAGAUGGUGAACAAUUAAGUAAAGAAGAACAACAACAAGUUACAACUGACAUGAUUGAAAAAUGGGUUAAUCAACUUCAAGGAAAAGAUUUUCAUUGCACUCUUUGA